AUGAGGUUCUGGGCACCGUCAUCUCCCUCCUCCCCACCAAGGACGGCGCUCGCACGCAGCCGUCUCCCGCCGGUGGCGUCCUCUCUGGCGCGCAGCGCCUCUCAACCUAGGUGCCGGCAGCGACCUCACCGACCAGGACCAGAAGCGACUCGUCUUCGUCUCCAAGAUCCUCUCCGACCACCCGGGCCCCUCCCGCCGCUUCUCCCUUCCCUAGUUCCCUGCAUGCGCCUCCGCGACCGCUACGCCAAGAUCAACGGUUGGUUGCGCUCCCAAACCCUCACUGGCCUCGAGGAGAUCCAGUUUAGUUAUGAGAUCGAGGACCCGCUUCUGCACUACCCGCUGCCGCCGUCCGCGUUACGCUUCGCGCCCACCCUCCGCAUUGCCUACUUUGGCUACUGCGACUUCCCUAGAGAGAUGGCGCCAUUGCUCAAGUUUCCCUGCCUCAAGCAGCUCAACCUGUGUGGUGUCAUCGUGUUGGAAGAUGUACUUCACAGCCUUCUCUGUGGUUGCCCUGUUCUUGAGAGCCUCUUGCUGGAGGGGAAUGUCGGCGUUGGUUGCCUCCGCAUUAACUCGCCCACUCUAAGGAGCAUUGGCAUCAGUGUUUCUUGCUAUGGGACGAGAAAAAUGAUUGCCCUAAGCAUGACAACCUCAAUGCGUAUUACUGUAAAGGUUUUGGCCCUUGACACUUUCGGGCCAAAUCUGGACUCAGUUGUUGACUUCCUCAAGUGUUUCCCCUGCUUGCAGAAGCUGUAUAUCAGGGUUGACCUACAGAAGAGUAGGAAAAAUAAGUGGAGCUAUAAUCCACUGGAUCCAAUUGAAUGCCUUGAGUCUCAUCUUAGACAAGUGGUGGUGAUGAAGUAUUGGGGCAUGAGACCUGAUGUUGACUUUGCCAAGUUCUUUGUUUUGAAUGCAAAAGUCCUAAAGAAAAUGGUAUUUGGAUGCAUUAACAACUGCAAUGAUAACUGGAUGGCUAAUCAACACAGACGGCUUCAACUGGACAACAAAGCUUCUCAAGGUGCUGAAUCUAAAUUCAGAAGAGGUUCUUGUUCGAUUUCGCUCACCCACAGCAGGCACAAACAGGAUGAUCCCUUUGACAGCCACAUCUCUGCAGAUGAUGCAUGA